GAAUCCAGCCCCCUGCUCCAUCAGCCUGUCUCCUGAUGCAGGGGGUCGGGUCAUGCGGGCGAUGCCUGUGGUGUGUGCCCACUGUCUCCAGCGCUGGGUGCUGGUGGGGGUUAAUGCAAGCUGGACAGGGCCAAGAGAGCUGCUGUCUUGCCUGGAGGGGCUCUUGGGAGCGGGGAGCGUGAGGUCCCAUGGGGUCAUCCCUCUGGGGAGGUGGGGAGCGGGGUUUCUCCCUGCACUGAGAUCAGUGCCCUGGGCCAACUCCCUUCUGCCUGCAGCUGUGGGUGCGCGGAGGGGAAGUGAAGCAUGUGGAAAUCCAGCUGUGCAAUUUCCAACGCCCUGCUGCCACUCGAUGCCGCCUGCCUGCCUGGGAAGGGCUCAACUUCCCUUGGCAGUUUCCUGCCCUGCAAGUCAGAGCCCUCAGGCCUGUGAGCUGGCAGACCGGCUGUCGUGGUGUCAGAGCUGGAAAACCCCUGGGCUGGGCUGGGCUGGAUGAGGCCUGGCUUCCCCUGGGUAGGGCCAGAGGGAGCAUCUGGGGGGUGUAGCUCUGCCCCCAGGCAGGUGGCUGCACAGUGCAUGCAGAAUUGCACCCAGCACCCCCUUCCCAGGCUGCCAGGGGCAUUGCUGAGAGCAGCUAGGCUUGCAUAGCACCUGUGUCACUGGCCUCCAGCAUCGUGCUGCUCUCGAGAUGGAGAGGGUACAGCUCCAGCCCUGGCCUGAUGCCUGUCGAGGGGCAGUGGAGGCUGAGGGGCAUUGCUUUAUCUGCAGCUGCCACUUCUCCGGCCGUGGCCGCCUUCCCGUCCCAGAGCGCUGCGCCGGCCGGCCGGCUGCAGCCGUGUGCUGGACCUUGGUGCAUAAAGGGGCUCUUUCAGCAAAGCCUGGACUCUGCACAAGGCUGCGCCUGUGCUCCGGGCUCGGUGGCCUGCUCCCAGCCCUCAGCCCACCCAGGCUGUUUAUCAGCCUCGCGUGCUGUGGCCGCAGCUUAUCUGUCCAUCGGUGUUUGUGCCUCAGUGCCCAGCUGGGACGGGGGAGAGCUGGGUCACUGCAUGGAUGGAUCUGGGUGGUGACCGGCACUGCUGGUCUGACCGGUUCCUCUAAGCUCUCCUGGCCCAGGCCUGGCAGAGGCAGGAGAGGGAAUAGGGAUGGGGCUGGGCCCUCUUGCACCUACUUCUAUGGGCCCGUGCAAUGAGGGACUCCAUCCCCAUCAAGGGAGGGCCUGGCUGGGAGAAGGGCUGCAGCUGCACCGGUGCUAUCCCCUCCAGGGACUCCCUGCCAACCUGGGAAUAGCAUCUCUGGCUACCGUCCAGUUGGGCACUUCCCGCUCGCACGGCCUCGUAUUCCCCGGGGGAGCCAGAAACCUUUUGCCUUGGCUCUGCGACCAGCAACACCGCCAACUUGGUGCAUGCAUGUCUCGGGUAUGGGCUGAGACCCCCCAAACUUGGUCCCUGCCCAUCGCUCAGGGAUGUCCCAUGGGGGCACUGCCAGGGGACAGCCCCUGCAUACAGGGCAAGCCUGAGGCCUGGCCAGGCGAGUGUGGACGUGGUGCAUAGGGAGUGGGGCCAGGCCUGCCCUGCCGGGUGCCAGGCCCCCGGGCACAAUGCUGGAUCUAUGAGGGCCCAGCGGGCAGCGCGGGCAGGACAUUGGCCUAUUGUUGCAGGGAAGAAAGAACAACAGCAGCUGGCUGGCCUGGCUCCACGGCAGGUUCACCCUUUGCUAUCCUUUAACGUGCCUCGGACACCAGUGCAGCCACUGGGCUGGGGGAUGCAGCAGCGUGGGCUGGUAUCAGCUGGCCCGUGCACCCCGUCCGUCCAUCCAUCCGUGGCCCUGUGCAGGGGGAGAGGGCUCCUAGCCGCUACAGGCGUGCUAAACGUGACGGCUGCCGCAUGGCGCAGGAGGGAGGGUGGAUGCGCUGCUUGGGGCACAGGGAGAGCCAGCCACGUGACGCCCUCGCCCGUCAAGCAGCCGUCGGCUCCUUUGGUGACGCCUGUCAGCUCUAGCCCGGGCGUCCGAGAGCGCCCGCCUGCCUCGAACCGACGGGGCAGAAACGUGCCGUGGCUCUCCGAGCAGGAGGCGACGAGGACUCUGCUCUUGGCGACGGCGGAGAGGCAGCGGAGAUGCCCACGCCGCCGAGUCUCGCCCAGCAGCAGGGUCAUAGGAGCGUUCGUCCACGUGCUGGGAUGCGGCACCGCCUCGGUCACCCUGCGGCCAGCUGGGCAGGGGUCAAAGCUUCGUGCUCACCGCUAGCUGGGCAUUUGGGCAGGGAGCAGGGCUUCUGCAUUGCUCCCCGGGCCCCCGGUGCAUUGGGUCUGAGAGCCGGAGUCUGCUCUGAGCCAGGCUACAACGCGCCCACACCACGGCAGGGCUCGGCCGUGUCCAAAACGGGUCCCCAGCUGGGGCUUGGCAGGUUCUCCCUUCACCCUCCGUGCAAUGCAGACCUGGGUGGCUCCAAGGCUGCAAACGACCUUCCCGCAGCAAAAGGAUUCCCGCAUCCCAAGCCAGCCAGGCCUGAAGGAGCCAUGGGUCCCUGUGCAGGGAGCAGGGCUGGGGCUAGCAGGCCCCCGGCUUCCCUCCAGCUGGGCUGCAGCGCUGGCAAUCAGGCCUGCAAAUUGGGAGCAGAUGCUGGGCUCCUGCUCCCUGCGCUGGGGCUGGCUGCUCCACCUUCCCUCCCCUGCUUCCGGAGCAGGGGCUGGGAGCCUGGCCUGGCUCAGCUCCUUUCCUGGACCAGCUUGGGACUCAGCCUGGGUUGUGGGGUGCUGAGAAGGGCUUGGGAGGGGUCGGGGAUGCUGGGGAAGCCGACCACUGCCUCUCUGCACCAUUACUGGUACCUGGCUCUGUCUCAUCCCUCCAUCAGCUGGGGCAGAGGGGAAGGUCCCAGGCUGGGGAGAUGCAGGAGCUCGUGGCCAGGGUGGAGAAGCUCACGUUCAAGUUGGAGAUGGAUGUGAUGCAGCAGAGAGGGGCCCUGCUGCUGCCCUUCCCGGGCAUGGACAAGUCGGGGGCAGCCGUGUGCGAGUUCUUCCUCCGCGGGCUGUGUGGGAAGGGCCUGAUGUGCCCCUUCCGGCACGCGCAUGGGGAGAAGUCGGUGGUGUGCAAGCAUUGGCUGCGGGGGCUCUGCAAGAAGGGGGACCACUGCGAGUUCCUGCACGAGUACGACGUCACCAAGAUGCCCGAGUGCUACUUCUACUCCAAAUUCGGUGAGUGCAGCAACAAGGAGUGCCCCUUCCUGCACCUCGACUCGGCUUCCAGGGCGAAGGACUGUCCUUGGUACGACGAGGGGUUCUGCAAACACGGUCCCCUGUGCAGAUACAAGCACACCCGGAGGGUCAUGUGCACCAACUACCUGGCUGGCUUCUGCCCCGAUGGCCCUCGGUGCAAGUUCGUGCACCCCAAGGCCAACUUGAUGCUGGACAGCUUGGAGCGCUCCAAGGGGCUUCCCGUGACGACAGAUGGAGACGGCGGUCACAAGCCGUCCCUCCCAGAAGCCCAGUUGUUCCCUCGCCCUUCCUGGAGCAGCAGUGCCCAGCACCCGGCCAAGAAAGCACCAGAGACCUGCGGCUACCCCUACGGAUUCCUGCGGCCCCUCGAGCAGGUGACAUGCUUCAAGUGUGGGGAGAAGGGUCACUACGCCAAUAAAUGCGGCAAGAGUCGUCUGGGGAUGCUGCUGGGGAAGUGACUCGUGAGCCUCCUUGGAGGAGAAGCCAGAGGAAGAUGCCAGGCUGCGACAGGCGGUAUCAUCUGGAAGCCCAUCAGGAUUUAACCGGGGAACCCAGCCAGGGAAACCCGGCUCGGGGCAACUUUCUUUGUCAGCUCCUUGCACAGCGAGAGGAGGGGAGGAAUGCAGCUUCAGUGGUGUCGAUGGUAACCGCAGUUCCCACUGGCUUUGCAAAUGUCAUGCCGUCUCCUGCGUCGGAUUGAUGGCUCGGCUUUUCAGACUGUGCAUCGGAUGUGUAAUCAUGCCAGGACUAAAGUACGGGGUGAGCGCAGCCAGCGUCUGGAGCUGGGCUAAUGUGGGGGGGUGGGGAGGCUUUGCAGCAGAGGUGAGGCUGACGGGAGCUUGCAUCAAGCUGCGGGGAAAUGUGGUUUUCCUCCUCUCCUCUAGCAAAAUGCCCAAGCUAAGGGCAAAGAUGCAACUCAUCCCAACUGCAUGCGCCUGCAGGGUCUUCCUUGAAAACCCAGGCAGCUUCCUACCCGCAGGCUUCCCUGAGACACUGGGACAUGGAGAGAGGCACUAAUGUCCCCUUAAUAUAUGGAGGAGCAUGUAUAGGCCCAGGAAUCAAUGCUGAUGGUGACCUCUCUCUUGACCCAAGUCACUUGGCUCCAAGCCUCUACUUUCUCCUCUGUAAAAUGGGGCUGAGGGGUGGGAUCCCCCAAGGGAAGGUGCAGCGGGGCUUUGAUUUUAAAGGAACAGGUGGUCCCAGAUCAGAACUGGGGGAGCACACAGGAGACUGGUUGCUGGAGGGGGGUGCUCACUGUGACCUCUGCACAACUGGAUUUUUGUGAACCGUCCUACAGUUUAUUUCUAAUAAAGUUUAUUCUUCA